GUCCUCAAAAGCUAUCUGUAAUACUAAGCUUGGAUAAGCCUGUUAUUUGCUCUCUGGCAGCAGUAAUUGCAUACCUCAAAGAAUUUAAUUUGGAAAGGAUGCUUUACAAUCCAGGCAAUUUCAAACGGUUGUCAAGUGAAACUGAAUACAUGACAAUUAAUGGGACAACAAUGAAAAAUCUCGAAAUAUUACAGAAUCAGACUGAUAUGAAAACAAAAGGAAGCCUGCUCUGGGUCUUGGAUCAUACUAAAACUUCCUUUGGACGUCGGAGAUUGAAGAAAUGGGUAACCCAGCCCCUCAUGAAAUCCAGUGAAAUAAAUGCCCGGCUUGAUGCUGUGUCUGAAAUUCUACUGUCAGAAUCCAGUGUCUUUGGUCAGAUUCGAAAUCUUCUUUGUAAGCUGCCAGAUAUAGAGAGAGGCCUCUGCAGUGUUUUUCACAAAAAGUGCUCAACCCAGGAGUUCUUCUUGAUAGUCAGCACCCUGUCUCGCCUGGACUUGGAAAUUCAAGCUCUUGUUCCAGUCAUACAUUCUCAUGUGAAAACUCCUCUAUUACAAAAUGCACUGUUGGAAAUCCCAGAACUUCUGUCACCAGUAAAACAUUAUUUAAAGAUCCUUAAUGAAGAAGCAGCCAAGACUGGAGAUAAAACACAAUUGUUCAAGGACCUUACAGACUUCCCUGUCAUCAGAAAGAAAAAAGAGGAGAUCCUGGAUGUGCUUUCUAAAAUCCAAUUGCAUCUGCCGGACAUUCGUAAACAGAUUAAGAAUCCUUCUGCAGAGUAUGUUACAGUUUCUGGUCAAGAGUUUAUGAUAGAAGUCAAGAAUUCCCAUAAAUCAUCUGUGCCAUCUGACUGGGUUAUGGUUAGUAGCACAAAAACUGUCAGCCGUUUCCACUCUCCUUUUGUUAUAGAAAAUUACAGACAUCUGAAUCAGCUCCGGGAGCAGCUAGUCCUUGACUGCAAUGCUGAAUGGCUGAAUUUUUUAGACCAUUUUAGUGAACAUUAUCACCCUUUGUCUAAAGCGAUUGGUCACCUAGCAACUGUCGACUGUCUGUUCUCAUUGGCCCAGGUGGCUAAACAAGGAGACUACUGCAGACCAACUGUGCAUGACAAUCGUCGAGAAAUAAUUAUAAAAAAUGGGAGGCACCCUGUGAUUGAUGUACUACUGGGAGAACAGGAUCAGUACGUUCCAAAUACCACUAACCUUUCAGGAGAUGGUGAAAGGGUCAUGAUAAUAACUGGACCCAACAUGGGAGGAAAGAGCUCCUAUAUAAAGCAAGUCGCAUUGAUCACAGUCAUGGCACAGAUUGGUUCUUAUGUUCCUGCAGAGGAGUCGACAAUUGGUGUUGUGGAUGGUAUUUUUACCAGAAUGGGUGCAGCAGACAACAUUUACAAAGGUCGAAGUACCUUUAUGGAAGAACUGACAGAUACUGCUGAGAUAAUAAGAAAAGCAACUUCAAGAUCACUAGUAAUUUUGGAUGAAUUGGGAAGAGGAACUAGCACACAUGAUGGAAUAGCUAUUGCUUACGCUACACUCGAACAUUUUAUUAGAGAUGUGGAGUCGCUGACACUGUUUGUCACUCACUAUCCCUCGGUUUGUGAGCUAGAGAAGGCGUAUCCAGAAAAAGUUGGUAAUUACCACAUGGCUUUCUUGGUGAAUGAGGAGGAAAGUGGUGAACAAAAAGGAUCUGAAGAUGAACAGAAUCCUGAAUUUAUCACCUUUCUUUAUCAAAUAACUAAAGGAGUCUCUGCAAGGAGUUAUGGGCUAAAUGUUGCCAAACUGGCUGAUAUUCCUGAAGAAAUCUUGAAGAAGGCGGCUCACAAAUCAAAGGAGUUGGAGAGAAUACUGAAUAUGAAAAGAAAAAAGCUAAAGUCCUUUGUUGAAAUAUGGGGGAUAAAUGAUUCUCAGGAACUGCAAAAAUGGAGAAGUAUGUAUGAACCUGAAGAUGUCAGAGAAGACAGUUUUUAA